ACGACAUCUUCUCCGUUUCCUCACCGCAAACCCGUUAGAUAAUAUCACUUUUCUCCACAGGAAGGUGGCCGUUCACCUGUCGGUAUGGCGAUGUCCACGUUUCAGAAGGUGACCCUCGCGACGUGUCUCGUGCUGUGCGUCGCUCUGCUGCUGCCCAAAAUGCUGUUAUCCCGCGGGAAGAAGGAUGCUGCUGAGCGGCCGGAGGGUCGCUUCCCUCCAUUGAUGCGCAGCCAGGCGGCCCCGGAGGGUCGAGGCCAGAAGGCCGCAGGCUCCGGCUUCUCCAGAGCCCACAACUCCGAGGCCAUAGCCAGGGCCAAGGGAGCAGGAACGGGGGCAGGAACCGGGGGGAAAUCCAACCUGGCAGGACAGAUCAUCCCCGUGUACGGUUUCGGGAUCUUACUCUACAUCCUCUACAUACUGUUUAAGAUCACAUCUAAGGGCAACAACAAGCCAGCCGAGAGCAGGUUUCCUUCGGUUCGGUCAGAGAACAAGAAGAGAAAGAUCACUGACUUUGAGUUGGCUCAGCUGCAGGACAAACUGAGGGAAACUGAGUUGGUGAUGGAGAAUAUUGUUUCCAACGCCCACCACAGUCCUGGCAGGGUGAAGGGGGUGACGGCGGAUCAGGAGGAGAGUCUCCUGCAGCAGCUGACUGAGAUCACCCGGGUGAUGCAGGAGGGCCAGCUGAUGGACAGCAUGGCACCAGAGAAGAAGACCCAGGAGGACUGGGAAGUUGCUGCAGAUGAUCCUGAGGAGCCUCAGCAGCAGCAGUGGGAACAUUCCCGCUGCUGCUGUCAGCACAGUCAGCAAGACCCCAGUCCCCAGACGAAGACAGAGACGGAGACGGAGGCUGAGAGGACACACGCCGAGGGAGCCCACCCGGAGAACCUUUCUGAGGACGUGACAGGUGGAGGAGAGGCCGCGCAGGGAGUAGAGGGUCUGAACAAAGAGAGAGGAUCUGAUUUGACAGCAGCAAGUGAAGAGGAUGCGGGGCCAGAGAGCGUAAACGAGAGGGCGGACCAACACAAGGAGGGAGGGUUUCAAAUGGAUCUGGGCGUCCCGGAGGACGACCUGGCUGGAGUCCUGAAGGAGCUGCAGCUCACACUGGAGAUGACGUCCAUGAUGGAGCAGGAGAAGGUGGAGGACCUGACCAGGACGACGGAGACUUCCUGCAGCGUCGUCAGACGCAGGAACAAGAGGAGGAGAGCCAAGAAAGCCUCACACUAACUCCCGACGCGACGCCACGUGAACUUAAGCCUGGGCUCUGUGUUUUUUUUUUUUUUUUUUUGAGGACAGCUUCUUCUUUUAAAUCGGUUCUCAGCAGGCGGGUUGUUUUCGCCUGCCUCGUUUACUUGAAUAAUAAUAAUAAGCGAGAAAAUGUGUGUACUGGGCAGUUUUAUAUCAGCUUCAUCCACUGGCUAGAAAAGGAACCAGUAUAGUUUAUAGUCUUAUCCUUUGUGUUGUCUUCCCGUCAAAC